AUGGCGAUUGCUCGCCCAGUACGAGCCCUGGCCCUGGCGGCUGCGCUCGUCUGGUGUUUCUUCAUCUGGCAGCUUCUGUCGCCAUCGGGAACUGCUAUGACCAAAGACAAGUACCUGUCCUUCGAGCGGGAUCCCAACCUUGACCCUACGGGAGAACCCGAAGGGAAGCUAGUACGCGCGUCCGAAGACUAUGCGCCGGGCGCAACGAACUCGGCCAGAAUCAAUGCCACCCUGCUGGCCCUGGUACGAAACGAGGAGCUGGAAGGCAUGCUGCAGGCGAUGCGCGACCUCGAGCGGACAUGGAACCACAAGUUCAACUACCCCUGGACCUUUUUCAACGACGUGCCCUUUUCCGAAGAGUUCAAGAAGAGAACGCGCGCGGUAACGAAGGCCGAGGUCAGAUACGAACUUAUCCCCAAGGAACACUGGGAAAUGCCAUCGUGGAUUAACCAGGACCUGUACGACGAGUCGGUCAAGAUCCUCGAAGAAAAGAAGAUCCAGUAUGCCGACAAGAUCUCGUACCACCAAAUGUGCCGGUGGAACAGCGGCAUGUUCUAUAAGCACCCGGCCCUGGCCAACACGCAGUACUACUGGCGCGUCGAGCCCAACGUUCACUUCUUCUGCGAUGUCGACUAUGACGUUUUCCGCUACAUGCACGAUAACAACAAGACGUACGGCUUCACCAUCAACCUGUACGACGCCCCGGCUUCCAUCACAACUCUGUGGCCCGAGACCGAAAAGUUCCUGGCCGAGCACCCCGAGUACGUGCACGAGAACAGCGCCAUGAACUGGUUGACGGACAAGACUCGCCGUCCCGAUCAUACCAAGGAUGCCAGUGGUUAUUCGACAUGCCACUUCUGGAGCAACUUUGAGAUUGGUGAUAUGAACUUUUGGCGCAGCAAGGCGUACGAGGACUAUUUCAACCACUUGGACCGUGCCGGUGGCUUCUUCUACGAGCGUUGGGGUGACGCGCCCGUUCACAGUAUUGCCCUGGGUCUUUUCGAGGACUCUAGCAAGAUCCAUUGGUUCCGUGAUAUUGGCUAUCAGCACAUUCCCUUCUUCAACUGCCCUAACUCGCCCAAGUGCAAAGGCUGCGUUACCGGCCGUUUCACCGAUGGCGAGGCCUGGCUCAACAGGGAAGAUUGCAGACCCAACUGGUUCAAGUAUGUCGGCAUGGGCUAA